AUGCCCAUACAUAGUUACACAGUCAAGUCAUCCCAUUCCCAGCUCCCAUCAACCACUCCCAUUAACCCAGCCACUCCAUCCUGCCCUCGGCCUUCUUCCCCUGCCAUCGAUCACCCCCGCACUCAGCUCGGAGAAUCCUCAAACCGGGUUCAUCUCCUAUCGAUCGCGAAUAACACGUUGGCCUCAUCGUCGGCAGCUUCUCUUGUUUCUGAAGAAUCAACAAAACAUUUCGAUACCCAGGAUUCCGCUGUAGCAUUGACCAGCUCUCUUAGCAGCCAGCCUUUGAGAUAA